AUGACUAAUGAUGUGAAGGAGGAAGUACUGUCUCUGGAUCUCGAGGAAAAUGAUUUCUUAUACCGAAUUCGGAGAAAUUCACGGAUUGUAUAUGUUUCCGUCCUCGAUGGGGGUAUACUCCCGCCCGAUUAUAGAACAGAUGGCUUCCUGGUUCUUGCGAAGCUGCAAAACAUUCCGAAGUGGAAUGAUAAAUGGAAGACCCUCACUGUACGAAAUACCGCGCAGGGUAUUGAAAGCAGUCCAGACGAGUUUCCGCCACACGGGUUAGAUCUCGGACAGCUGAACCAUCCUUCUUCUAUAUUUGUCAACAUCCUAGAUCUCACUACAGUAUCCAGGAUCAGCUACCGUCUUUCUCGGGUAAGGCAUGGUGAUGAGACAUGGGUGCUAAAGAUUGCACGGUUUAAACACGAGAUCCGAUCUCUACAACAUGAAGUCUCUGUAUAUUCUAAGCUAAUGGAAUCUGGUUUUUCAUUUUGUCCGAAGUUCAUCGGCUUUGUGUACGAGGAAACUAAGGAUCGAACAAUUGGCUUUCUAAUGGAGGAGAUUUCGGGUAGAACCCCGGGUAUACAGGAUCUCAAAGACUGCACGGAAACUGUUCGUCUGCUUCACGAACAUGGAAUCGUUCACGGGGACCUUAAUAAGUACAAUUUCUUGGUAACAGAGGAGGGUGUGAAGCUAUUUGACUUUGAAGUUUCUGCCGCUCAAGAAGACGCGGACCCAGGAUCUACUGAGGAUGAACUCAAAGGGCUUGCGGCUAGGCUGGAAGAUGAAUCGGGCAUUGGCAGACGCGGGUCCUUAUUCUAA